GUUCCUGCGGAACAUUUUGUAAUAACCUACUGGUCGGGAAUGCAUGCCGGUGUGGUAGGAAUAUGGCGAUACCGUGGAGGCUGUGUUGGAGGAGAAAUGCAGGGUCUACCGGCAUCACUUUACUUGAUUCAUUUUGCGGAACAAAGGGAAGACCCGUGUCGAUCGCCGCCUCAUCGAUAAGGAGAACGGACUCUUUAGGGAGCUUAGAUAAUCAGGAACAGACUCCAGGCAGGCCUGUGAUUUUAAAUACAGUUACAUCAAACUUUCUCUCAAGGCACAGAUCUCGGUUCCUGUACAGCACACCAAGACCUUGCUGUUGCAGGAGGACACACAGCGAUGCCAAAUUAAAAGAUCCAUUCACUCUUGCUCAGAAUGACUUGAAAAACUUGUAUGAUGAUAUUAGAAAGGAGCUUUUUGUCUCCAAGAAAGAGCUGAAGGCCCUAUGUGAUUAUUAUUUUGAUGGCCAGGGCAAAUCCUUCCGACCCAUGAUCGUGGUGCUAAUGGCCCGGGCCUGUAACAUCCACAGCAACGGAGCAGGGGAACUUCUACCAGCACAGCGUUCUAUAGCCAUGAUCUCAGAGAUGAUCCACACUGCCAGCCUGGUUCAUGAUGAUGUCAUUGAUGGCUCUGACACGCGCAGGGGAAAGACCACUAUCAAUGAGAUGUGGGGGGAGAAAAAGGCGAUCCUGGCUGGAGAUUUCAUCCUCUCCGCAGCCUCUAUGGCACUGGCGCGGAUCGGCAACAAUACCGUGGUAUCGGUGCUGUCACAGGUCAUUGAAGAUCUGGUCAGAGGUGAAUUCAUGCAGCUGGGCUCUAAGGAGAACGAGAACGAGAGAUUCAAGCACUACCUCGAGAAAACUUUCAAGAAGACUGCGAGCCUGAUUGCCAACAGUUGUAAAGCAGUUUCAAUUUUAGUAAACUCCGAUCCUGAGGUGCACGAGAUCGCGUUCCAGUACGGAAAGAACGUGGGCAUUGCAUUUCAGCUGGUAGAUGAUGUGCUGGACUUCACAUCGUGUGCCAACCAGCUGGGCAAGCCCUCCGCAGCGGACCUCAGGCUUGGCCUGGCCACCGGCCCCGUCUUAUUUGCCUGUGAGCAGUUCCCCGAACUCCACUCCAUGAUCAUGAGACGUUUCAGCACCAACGGUGAUGUGGACCGCGCCUGGCAAUACGUCGUCGAGAGCGAUGGCGUGGAGCAGACCAACUACCUCGCCCAGCGCUACUGCCAGGAGGCCAUCCGGCAGAUCAGCCGCCUCCAGGCCUCGCCCGAGCGUGACGCCCUCAUCCGGCUCACCGAGCUGGUCCUGACCCGAGACAAGUGACCCCCACCCACCACCACCUCUGAACACCGGCCACCCUUCCAGGCAGCUAUGUCUAUGGAGAACCGCAAGAGGCCAUUGGGAGAAGAGGCGAGAAGGUUACAUUACCAGAGGGUUCCUUCCUGACAAACACUUACAAAAAAAGAAAUGUUCACAGAGAGCAAAAUGAAUGAGAUUUAUUUACACUGUUGUCAAUUGUAUGCUUAUUGCUGUACUGUAUGAGCAGAUCUCUACUCCCAUGAACUCUCCUCUAUUACUGAUGGGUGCUAAAACCAGGUCUGAUUAUGUCAUCAUCUGACGUCAACAUAUGUUGUGGACUCACGGAAGAAAGAGGUGGGGGUAGGAUCUGUGUGUUAAAAGUUAGUUUGUAAUCCCAAAUGUGUGACACAAGUGGAGGCAUCACCAUGACAAAAUGUGUGUACGCCUGAGCGUGUGUGUGUGGACAUGUUUCUCUGUCGCCCCAAUAUCCAUCCACACCACAACUGAACAAACACAAACUUAAGUAUAAAGGCCAAACUAGUUGUCAUCGUUUAAAAAAAAAAAAGGAAUGGAGUCUAAUGGAGGAUGUUGUCUCAUGUGUGCUUCUCCUGUGAGUGCUCAACAACAACCACCAGGGCCUUAAAAUCCACAUUGACAAUACACAAAAAAUAAAUAAUAUUUUUUAAGUUAAA